AUGAGAGUAGAGAUCCCUGGUUCUCUAAUUGGACUGCAGCUAGGCUGGAAUCAAGGACAUAGGAAGAUCAAGUUGAGGUUGGACUCUACCACCAUCAUUCACAUUCUUAUGACAAAAGAAAAGAGAAUAGGAGGUACUACAAUUUCACGCUCCGAUUUAGGGAGCUCAUGCAAUGAGAUUGGGAGAUUGAAAUCUCUCUUACUUUUAGAGUGGGCAACAAAGCAGCAUAUUACUUAUCCUAUAAGGCUCAUUCGAUGA